AUGAAUUCAAGCAUUUCUUGGACAAAAACGGCGAUGACUGAAGUUGUUGAAUCAGGCAAUUUUGAGCAGGAUGAAGGAUAUGUGUAUUUGGAAGUUAGUCGCGAGGAAAAAGCAGCAAAUGCUGCUCGACCUUUCGAUUCUAAGAAGAACUGCUGGAUUCCAGAUGCUGAAGAUGGUUUUAUCGCUGCUGAAAUCAAGUCAACUACAGGUGAUAAAGUUACGGUAAUCACAGUAAAAGGCAAUGAGAUUACUGUGAAAAGAGAAGAGGUUCAGGAAAUGAAUCCUCCUAAAUUUAGCAAAACUGAAGAUAUGGCAAAUUUAACAUUCUUGAAUGAAGCCUCAGUACUGAACAAUUUAAAGGAGAGAUACUUUUCCAUGAUGAUUUAUACAUACUCUGGUUUAUUUUGCGUGGUCAUUAAUCCUUACAAGCGUUUACCCAUUUAUACGCCUAGCAUUAUCAAGCAUUAUAUGGGUAAGAGAAGAAAUGAAAUGCCACCACAUUUAUUUGCUGUUUCAGAUGAAGCAUAUCGUAAUAUUCUCAUCGAUCGAGAAAACCAAUCAAUGUUAAUUACCGGUGAAUCUGGUGCUGGUAAAACCGAAAACACCAAAAAAGUAAUUGCAUACUUUGCAAUUGUUGGUUCAACUCAAGAAAAGAAAAAGGAAGGAGAAGGCAAAAAAGGCGGCACUUUGGAGGAGCAAAUUGUACAAACUAAUCCUGUACUUGAAGCAUUCGGCAAUUACAAAAUGAAAUAUUUUAAAAAGUGUCUAAAAAUGUUGUCUUAUUUUGCAGACCUUUUUGAAAAGUCACGUGUUGUACGACAGGCACCGGGUGAACGUAGUUAUCAUAUUUAUUAUCAGCUGAUGUCUGAAGAAUUGCGAUUAACGAAAGAUCUCAAAUAUUAUCAUUUCUGUGCGCAAGCAGAGCUAACCAUUGAAGGAGUUGAUGACAAAGAAGAAAUGCGUCUUACUCAAGAAGCAUUUGACAUUAUGGGUUUUGAAGAUCAUGAAACCCAUGAUCUGUAUGCAAACGUGGCUGGUAUUAUGCAUAUGGGUGAGAUGAAAUUCAAACAACGACCACGUGAAGAACAAGCUGAACCAGAUGGAGACGAAGAUGCAAAAAAUGCUGGAUUUUGCUUUCGUGUUGAUCAUGAAGAAUUUCUGAAAGCUCUAACAAAACCACGUGUACGUGUUGGAACUGAAUGGGUGAACAAAGGUCAAAACUUGGAUCAAGUCCAUUGGGCAGUUGGUGGUCUUGGCAAAGCGAUCUACUCUCGAAUGUUCAAAUGGCUGAUUGAUCGUUGCAACAAAACUCUCGAUCAGAAGAAAGAAAAUCGCAAAUAUUUCAUUGGUGUAUUGGAUAUCGCUGGCUUUGAAAUCUUUGAUUUUAAUUCAUUCGAACAAUUGUGGAUUAAUUUUGUAAAUGAGCGAUUGCAACAGUUUUUCAAUCAUCACAUGUUCGUUCUCGAGCAAGAAGAAUAUAAACGUGAAGGAAUCGCUUGGACAUUCAUCGAUUUUGGCCUUGAUCUGCAAGCUUGCAUUGAAUUAAUAGAAAAACCGCUAGGUAUCAUUUCAAUGUUAGAUGAAGAAUGUAUCGUGCCAAAAGCAACGGACAUGACUUUUGUUCAAAAACUCAAUGAUCAACACCUCGGGAAACAUCCGAACUUCCAGAAGCCUCGACCACCUAAAGGAAAACAAGCAGAAGCUCACUUUGCUAUCAUUCACUACGCUGGGACUGUACGAUACAAUGCUACAAACUUUUUGGAGAAGAACAAAGAUCCUCUAAACGAUUCAGCAGUUGCAGUCCUGAAGCACUGCAAGGGUAAUCAGUUACUGCUAGAUAUUUGGGCUGAUUAUCAAACUCAGGAAGAAGCGGCUGAAGCUGCUAAAGCUGGCAUUGAAGGUGGACGCAAGAAGGGUAAGUCAGCCUCCUUUAUGACAGUUUCAAUGAUGUAUCGAGAAUCACUCAAUAAUCUGAUGCAUAUGUUAUAUCAAACUCAUCCACAUUUCAUCCGAUGUAUUAUUCCAAACGAAAAGAAAGCUAGUGGAAUAAUCGACUCUGCAUUAGUGCUGAAUCAGUUGACUUGUAACGGUGUGUUAGAAGGAAUUCGAAUUUGUCGCAAAGGUUAUCCAAAUCGUAUGCUUUAUCCUGACUUCAAGCAUCGAUAUGCAAUUCUUGCCGCAGAUGCUGCUAAAAGCACGGAUGAAAAAGUCGCGUCAGUAGGCAUCACCGAUUCCUUAUGCAAUAAUGGGAAUUUAAAAGACGAAGAAUUUAAAUUAGGUUCCACGAAGAUUUUCUUCAAAGCUGGAAUUCUCGCACGGCUUGAAGACUUACGUGACGAAGCAUUACGUGUUGUCAUGACAAACUUUCAAGCUAAAGUGCGAAGCUGGCUUGCGAUGUUGGAUAGAAAACGUCGUAUACAGCAGAAGACAGGUAUGCUAUAUGUUCAACGCAAUAUCCGUUCAUGGUGUACAUUAAGAACAUGGGAAUGGUUCAAACUGUAUGGUAGAGUAAAGCCAAUGUUAAAAGCUGGCAAAGAAGCAGAAGAAAUUGAAAAAUUAAACGAAAAGAUAAAAAGUUUAGAAGAAAAUUUGCAGAAGGAAGAAGGCAGUCGAAAAGAUUUGGAAUCAGAGAUUGCAAAAUUGACCAAAGAAAAAAACGAUUUAUUCGAAACUUUGGAAAAAGAAAAAGCGCAAAUGGCUGAUAGCGAAGAAAGAAUUCAAAAGUUAAAUUCAUUGAAAGCUGAUCUAGAAAGACAACUUCAAGAAUUAGGUGAUCAAGUCGCUGAAAUGGAAGACAGAAAUGAAAAUAUUCAGCGAGCCAAGAAAAAAAGUGAUCAAGAGAUCAGUGAUUUGAAGAAAAAGAUUCAAGAGUUAGAAAUGGCACUACGGAAGUUAGAAACUGAGAAACAAUCUCGAGAACAGAAUAUUCGUUCUUUGCAAGAUGAAUUGGCUAGCCAAGAUGAAACCAUCGCUCGAAUCACAAAAGAAAAGAAACAUCAAGAAGAGAUUAACCGCAAGAUGAUGGAAGAAUUACAAGCAGAAGAAAACAAAUCUGACCAUAUUCAGAAACUUAAAGCAAAACUUGAGCAGCAACUAGAUGAUAUGGAAGAACGUGUAGAACGAGAUAAACGUUCACGUCAAGAUUUGGAAAAAGUUAAACGUAAAGUAGAAGGUGAACUCAAAGUAUGUCAGGAAAAUCUCGAUGAAAUUACCAAACAAAAACAUGACAUUGAACAAAAUUUAAAGAGAAAAGAAGCAGAUUUGAUGAGUGCAACAAGUAAAUUGGAUGAGGAGCAGUCAAUAGCGACUAAGUUGCAAAAGCAGAUAAAAGAUCUCGAAAGCCGCAUCAGUGAACUUGAAGAAGAUUUGGAGCAAGAACGUCAGUCACGUGGAAGAGCUGAUCGAGCAAAAGGAGAAUUGCAACGUGAACUUGACGAACUCUCGCAACGUUUAGAUGAACAAGGUGGUGCUACUGCAGCGCAAAUAGAAUUGAACAAAAAACGUGAGGCGGAAAUGGCUAAAUUAAAGAGGGAUUUAGAAGAAAACAAUAUGAAUCAUGAAUUGCAAAUUUCGACAUUACGUAAGAAACAUAAUGAUGCUGUAGCUGAAUUGAGCGAUCAGUUGGAACAGCUUCAGAAGCUUAAAGCUAAAUCGGAUAAAGAUAAAUCACAAUUAUUACGUGAUCUAGAAGAUGCCAAUGCAAACUCAGAUGCUAUUAGCAGACAAAAACAGGAGUUCGAGAAACAAUCAAAGCUGCUUGAAAUGCAAUUUUCUGAAUUACAAACUAAAGCUGACGAACAGACUCGUUUGAUCAACGAUUUUAAUGCAUUAAAAAGUAGACUGACCAACGAGAAUAAUGAUCUAUCAAGACAACUGGAAGACUUUGAGAAUCAGAUGAAUGGGUUACAUCGACUUAAAGCACAACUGAUAAGCCAAUUAGAAGAAGCAAAGCGUACAGCAGAAGAGGAAUCUAGAGAACGACAAAACUUGGCAGCACAAGUGAAGAAUUUAGAGCAUGAAAAUGAAAAUCUUCGUGUACAUGCCGAUGAAGAAGCUGAGGGAAGAGCUGAAUGCUUACGCCAAAUGAGUAGAUUAAACGCUGAAAUUCAACAAUGGAAGGCAAGAUUUGAGAGUGAAGGCUUGGCUAAAAUGGAGGAAAUUGAAGAAGCGAAACGAAAACUUAUGGACAAAGUUCAAGAAUUAACAGAUGUGAAUGAAGGAGCAAAUGCGAAAAUAAUGUCUUUGGAGAAAACUAGGCAUAAGCUUAUGGGGGAUUUGGAUGAUGCCCAAGUUGACGUAGAACGUGCUGCAGCUUACGCAGCAUCUUUGGAGAAAAAACAAAAAGCCUUUGAUCGUGUAGUUGAAGAAUGGAAGAAGAAAUCAGAUGAUUUAGCUGCUGAACUUGAAGCUGCGCAACGAGACAACCGAAACCUUUCUACAGAGUUGUUCAAAGCUAAAACUGCACAAGACGAAUUACUUGAACAAAUUGAAAGUUUACGCCGAGAAAAUAAAUCGCUGUCCCUUGAAAUCAAAGACUUAACUGAUCAAUUGACAGAAGGUGGACGGUCAGUUCAUGAGCUUCAAAAAAUCGUUCGUCGUCUAGAAUCCGAGAAGGAUGAACUACAAAAAGCAUUAGAUGAUGCUGAAUCAGCUUUAGAAGCUGAAGAAGCAAAAGUUUUACGAGCUCAGGCAAGUUAUUUAUCUUCUUACCAUAAUAAAACACCAUUCAAAAAGUUUUCGGGAGUUGAAGUUUCGCAGGUACGAGCUGAAAUUGAAAAGCGAAUUCAGGAGAAAGAAGAAGAAUUCGAAAACACACGCAAGAAUCAUCAACGUGCUCUCGAAAGCAUGCAAGCUACUCUCGAAGCUGAAACUAAAGCCAAGCACGAAACUUUGCGAAUCAAAAAGAAACUUGAACAAGAUAUUAAUGAACUCGAAAUAGCUCUUGAUCAUGCUAACAAGGCUAAUGUUGAUGCCCAAAAAACGAUCAAACGAUAUCAAGAGCAAGUGCGAGAACUGCAAAUGCAAGUCGAAGAUGAGCAGCGACAGAAGGAUGAUCUUGCUGAACAGUUGGCAGGCUUACAAAAGAGAGCAGCCAUUUUACAAGCUGAGAAAGAUGAACUUGCUCAUCAAGCUGAAGCAGCUGAACGUGCACGUCGUGCUGCUGAACAAGAUGCCAUUGAAUUACGUGAAACAGUGAACGAUUUGACAAAUCAAGUGAAUGCAAUAAACAACACUAGAAGGAAGCUUGAAGCCGAAUUGCAAAACGUUCACGUUGAAUUGGAUGAUGUUACAUCACAGCUUAAGAGUACUGAUGAAAUGCUUAAGCAAGCAUCCGCUGAUGCAGCACGUCUUGCAGAAGAAUUACGACAAGAACAAGAACACGCUAUGCACGUGGACCGAAUGCGCCGUGCACUUGAAGCACAAAUCAAAGAAAUGCAGGUUAGACUGGAUGAAGCAGAACAAGCAGCUCUCCGCGGUGGACAAAAAAUCAUUGCCAAAUUAGAAAUGCGUAUUCGAGAUUUAGAGCAAGAAUUAGAUGGCGAACAACGACGAAACUCAGACUACGAAAAAGAAUUGAAAAAAGGCGACAGACGUGUGAAAGAACUUGAAUUUCAGUGUGAAGAAGACAGAAGGAACAGUGAUCGGUUAACAGAAUUAGUGGAUAAACUGCAAAUGAAAAUAAAAGUUUUCAAACGUCAAGUCGAAGAAGCUGAAGAAGUAGCAUCGGUAAAUCUUGGUAAAUACCGGCAAUUGCAAACGCAACUUGACGAUGCAAACGAACGAGCAGACAUUGCAGAGAAUUCUUUAGCAAAACUUCGCUCCAAAAAUCGAGCUUCAACUAUGGCUCCACUUGGAAUUAGCUCUAGUGCUAGUUUCAUCCGAUCAGUUUCUCAGUCCGAUUUUCCUGAAUAA